AUGGGUCCUAUCAGCGCUCGGGUACCAUUACUAAUUCGCUUCUUGCCGGAUCUGUCAAUCGAGAACCUCAUGUGUGACGUCGAGACCCAAUUGUCGUCAAUGAUUGGCUUCGAACAUUGCGCUAUGAAAGUAUUGAGUAGGGAAGCCGGUUUCCAGAAUAUGCUCAAGCAAGCGGUCUUCAGUUGGAACCUGCCUGACUGCGAUUUGUCUUGUAAGAGAAUCAUCUGUUACGAUAAGGAAGCAGCACCAGCAGUUCUGGAUUACAGAGAAGAUCUGUCCGUUCCUUUCGCUCAUGACUAUGGUCUGAUGUUCGAGGUGUACGAACAUGGCGAGCAUAUCACCAUCCACGCAACCUGGGACCAAAAUCUCGUCUCGGGAGAUCUCAUAAGCCGGCUACUUGAGGAUUUCGGAAGUUUUCUCGCGCUGAUCAUCAAGACGCGAGGUGCGACAGUGGUGGAGCUACUUUCUGUAAACAGGGUGUGUCAAUCUGGGCGGACGGCUACCUUUGAUCCCCACUUCCACCUGAACACCCUUUUGAUGUGA